CCCCCAACUAUUAGGCACUUGACCCCAAAUCCAACAUCGUGGCACGACAGUUAUGUAUAAUAUAGCAAAGUUCCCACCAAUUUUAUAUGCAAAUAAUGUAUCGCCUUUCGACGGAUAGCUGCUUAAAAGUGCUGCUGUGAUACCAACAUUAUUAACCAAUAUACGCAGUCAAACAUCCACCACUUGAUCAAGGCUUGCGUUCGUACCGCUUACCGCGCAAUUCACGUCUCAAAUCCAUUAUCGAAAAUGAGCAUGCACUUGCAUAAGUAAGUGCUAGAUCUCGUAAGCCAAUGAUAAACUCGUAAGCUUACCGUGAUUUUACCUUCUAGGUCCAUAUUUACGCCGACAUCACUGCCGUCGACGUCGUCCUCAUGGUUUGAUGUUGUUGAGCGAUGCACAAGCUUGACCAACGACAGAUGCUUGUUGCGUCUAGGGCGUGCAUCCAGUGAUCAAGAUUCAAUGGAAUUAUCCCUGAACUCAUGUCUUGAGUUGCUUGACCGACACUGCGACAGGCUUAACAGUACUUACAAAGAAGUCCUUGAAAUACGCGCCCGCAUUACAGAGAUGCUCGCCAUGGGGAAUACGGGCGCGUCACAGUGGGAUAACAGUGUUGACCCAAUCUUCGGUGAUGAGCCUCCGAUCAUCGCGCCAGUUGCACUCAACGAGUUUGAUGCUAUUCCAUUGUUAUCAACCCCGCCCAACCUUUCCCUCCCGUCACAGCCGCCAGAAUUCCAUAACUUACACGUCCAACCUUCGGACGAAGGGUACGGACAUAUUUCGCAAGCAUCUGUCGGGGUCAUUAGUACCCUGCCAAAGGGUCCAGAUCCUGCCGUCCACCAACUUCCUCGAGACCCAUUUCUUCCCGGCACCUCCGGGUCCAUCAGCGAUGGGUUUGGCACACAGCCAUUGCAGAAAUUCUCUCAGGAUGGAGACGGGCAGACGUUAUCUGGCCCUUCAGGUAGACGCCACCAACGGCUGUCUCUCCCUGUUGCGGAGAAUGGCGACAGUAAAGUGAAGUGUAUGUUGUCUGGGUGUUCGAGUGUUGUAAAGAAGGACAACUACACUCGCCACGUUAACGAGGUUCACAAGCGACUGUUUAAGGCUGUGUGCACUGACUGUGGAAAGGAGUUUCUGCGUCCGUAUAUGAAGAAGACUCAUGCAUGUCCGGAUCGACAUGCCAAACGUAGUAGUUCCUAGAACGAGGAAGCUCCCCAUAAGGCGUCUAUAUCAAUGUUGAUCGAAUUGUAUACCGUUCGAAUUUUACCUAAUCCUCCCCCCCAAGCUCCACCAUUCUGCCGCUUUAUUUAACUCGGUCCUUGCUAAGGUUCAAUUUUCCAAUGUUCUUUUUUAAGAGGUCUUCUGACUUCUGAACACACCAGU